CUACCUUGUUGUCACGCAUUAAGGAGGAUGAAGCACGCGCAGACCGAAGUCGAUCGCCAGCUCAGAAUGAACAAAGCGCGACAUCGAGAUUGCGCUUUAUCAAGUCACCGUUUCAAACGCAACACGCGUUGGCGAAGGAAAGAGUGGAUAGAGUGCGGGAGAGGAGAGAGCGCUUUGAGACCGACUGCAAACGAUUGAUGGCAAAUGGAGAUGGACCUUUGUCAGAGACUAUUGCCACAGGAGGUUCAGCAUCAGGAGGUUCCUCUCUACGUAACGACAUUCGCAAUCUGCGUCUGCGCGAGGAAAUGACAGAGCGUGCGCACAUUUUUCGAGAGGAAUUAAGGGAACAGAAAGCCGUUUAUACGGUUCGGGAGCGACAGUUGAUGGACGAGCUAAAACAAGCGAAAAGCGUCAGUGCUUGUUUAGCUAAGGCUGCGAUGGAUCCUAGGCUGUUGCACGGGAUGUGGCGGCAAUCGAAGGCUCUGCAGACGAAAGCAGGAGUCUAUGCGAUCGCAGAAAAUCACCUGCUGGCAGCAGAGAGUGCGCCAAAUGUUGCUGGUGUUCAUCCUUGGGGAGCUUUGCCUGGAGCAGGAGGUGCUGGUCCAUUAGGUGCCGCUAAUGCAGGAGGUGCUGUAGGCGGUGGUAUGUCAAUGCCACCACCACAUAUCGCGAAUACUUUCCUUCCCCCACCUGGAGAGUAUCUUCCUGCUCCUGGCAUAGUACCUGCUCCUGGCCCAGGUCCAGCAGGAGCUGUACCAAAUGCAGGCGCGGUGUCCUCAAAGGGAGUGCCCCCAGGGUCCCCAGGAGGAUCAGCUGGCGGAGCUGGAGGUGGUCCUUCAACCAGUACAUCUAUCUUUCCCUCAAUGCCACCAUCUAUGCCAACCGGCUACGGUGUUCCAGGUGGUAUUUUGAACACGAACGUCCGCGGCUCCAAUGUCGGUGUGCCUGCUUUGUAUCCACCACCCUGGUGGGCGUACUAUUGUCAGUUGCAGUCGCAGAUGAACGACUUGGCGGCGAAGACUAGGGAGGCUAGUCUCGCCUCGAAAGACUCAUCGAAGGACCGGAGUCCGUCGACUUCGCCAACGGGCAGAGUUCCAGACUUUAGCCGUUUGCAUCAAAGAACGAGCGCAACUUCGAAAAGUGUACGACAGACGGAAAGAGGCGCUGUAGGUAGUUCUUCGCAACAGAGUCCAACAUUUGGGUCACCCACCUCGAAGAUGCAAAAUAAGGAAAAACCAUCUUUUGGCAAAGGUCGUGACACUUCAGCUGGUAAUAUCAUGGUGAACCCAAUAAAGAACAAUGCAAGAAGUACAAUCACCAACAGAAACAAAAAAGAAGCAACAAGAACAACAUCCAGAGGUGGAGGAUCGUGUAGUUCUACCGCUGAACAUCAAGCUGCCUCCAAGUCAAAAAGCGACAGGAAGCUAUCCGCAGCCUUGGACGCACGACAAGAACAGGAAUUGGAGAGAAGAGAAGCCGAGUUCGCAGAGGAGCGUAAGAGGUGGCGCCAAGAAGCAGAGGCUAAGAUAGCAGAACUAGAGGAGCAGACCAAGAGAAAGCAAAGAGUUGCAGAUAAGAUGAAGAAAGGUAAAAAUAAAGAUAGUAGGGGUGGUGUGCUGGAAGUUGUAAAAGUUAAUACUGCUGCUUCAGCUCGAGGACGACGAGGACAAGCUCACUCUUCUUCGUCGUCUGCGUCACAUUCACAAGGAGGACCAAGGGAUGAGGGACGUAGGAGACGAGACGGAAAUCGUGAAGAAGAUAGAUCCAGACCAAGGGGACGAGGUGAUGGAAAACGACAAGAUGAAAGAGAUUACUCCGAUGAAGAAGAAGAAGAACACUCGUCUACUUACGAAAGUUCGAAUUUUAUCAACGAAGAACAAGAUCAGCAAGAAGACGAAGUAGACGAUGAUAGAACCGGAAAUCGUCCCUUUCUUCGUUAUACGUCGAAUUCUUCUUGUACGAGUGCUCCAGAGGACCGAUUAGAAGAGCAGCUUCGUGGUAUAGAGGAUCUUCACCGUACUCGUAGAAGUACUAGGGGAGAACAAAGAACAAGGAGAAGUAGUCGCAAAAGCAAUAAUUACUACAGUAGCGCAUGGACAAGAACAUCUCCACUUGCUGCAUCUUCAAGAAAGAGUAAAAAGAACAAGUCCGUGUCCGUUUGUGAUAAAGCGGCCAGCGGAGUAUUGAGCAAAAGCACACGACGUGACGAUAGGAACAACAAAUCUUACAUCCACAGGAAUUCGUCAGACUCAGAUGAGGAAGAGGAUGGACAGGAACGGAGACCCAGUGACGCGUACAACCAGGAGUCUUUGCGGGAUAAACGAGCUGCCGCAGUCGCUCGUCUCGAAAAAGAGCGAGCAAGGCUGACGGAACUGAUCGAACAGAGAAGUCAACAGAAGACACACAAGAAAAACGCUUUACCAUCUUGUGUUGCCAGUUCUAGUAGUCGAUCUUGUUCGAAACAAGAUGAAGAGCUACAGCACGAAGAACACAAUCUGCUUCACGACGCCGAUCGAGGUCAGCGGGACAGGAGUUUCACGUCGCGACUCCGUGAGAGACGACGAGAUCACGGAAUAGGGGAUGAAGAUGAUAGGGCAGGAGAUAUCGUUUUUUCUCGAGACGAGGUUGCUGUUUCUUCAGGGGCGAAGACACAGAGGGCACGCUCGUUGAGCAUCGCAUCAAACGUAGUUGAAGUUGCGAUUGUGCCAGAUCUUCCAGUAGCACCAACUUCAGUAAUAGUUUCUUCUGCAGCACCUCAAAAAUCCACAUCUGCUUCAAAAGAACAACCUCAAGUACCAGAUCCGACAGUAAGUCACCGCCUCGCUGGCGCAUUAGGAAUCGAGGGGGGAAGCGAGUCACAAGCCCUUGAGGCUAUCCAGGACAUGCGUUUGGUCAUAGCGCACUGUAUGGACAAGAUCAAUGGGGAAGACUCUGCCAGUAUGGUUCCAAGCACCGCUGCUCCACCAACUACGAAUGCAGCGUCAAUUGCAACAGCUUCUACUGGUGCGUCUUCUUCCGCUUCGUUUAGCUCCUCGUCUAGUUCUUUCAAAAAUGGUGAUGUCCCAUCAGAUGCAGCGAAAACGUUGCAACCACCGCUACUAGCACAGCCUGUUCCACACGCACUUGGACGCUUUCUCAAGCGCGAGUCAAGUGUAGAGCUUUUUGCUUCGCCGGUUCGUCUGCGGGUUGAGUCCCUCGGAAGCGCGAGUGCCGUAGGACGAGAGGAGUCAAGGACUUACUCUUCUAUGUCGAAGUCGGGUGGGGCAAGGAGCUUAGCAUUGGAACUAAACGAUUCUGCUCGAAAGUCCAGUGUCUCGAAUUCGGCUACCAGCCAAUCCACCCCAGUAGAUAACGUCACCGCCGAAGUGGCGUUACUCCGUGCAGAAUUACAGGAAACUAAGGAACGCGCUAAUCGCGCUUUUCAACUGCAAGAAAAGCACAGAGAAAAGGCGUUGAGCAACCACCGUGCGGAAGUUGAUUUUCAUCGCAAGCAUGCGAAUCGAGUGCACCACAUGUGGCGGCAACAAGUCCACAAGAUCUCAGCAUCUGCGCCAAACUUGGCGCGACAUUUUCAUCAUCUGCACAAGAAGACACACGCUGAUCAGUUCCUGACGCCUGGGUCUUCACCUGUGAAGAAGGGUUAAGGGGGCUAUGGGUACGGAGGAGGUUUUUGCAAAACAGUACUAAUAAAUUUACUCGACGUCUACUCUGAUGCGAGCUCAAGUCCUUGGUAGCGAGCUCAAUUCCUUCUAUACAAAAAAACUUCGGCCAUGCUGCUUAACGGCAUGAAUCAAGAUUUAGCGAAUAAAACAGCCGAGGAGACGAUCAGUGUUUACACUAGACACGUCUUUCGACACUCGUUAGUAAUAGAUUCAGUUACGCUUACGUAUUCGCCUGCCUGCGUCGAAAACUUGCACGUACAAAAAUAGAGAUUCAGUUUGAACUGUCUUUUAGUUUCAUCAGCGAAGUGCUGGCGCUGCUUGUCCAU